AUGGUCUCCGCGUCUAAAGCUGCCCGUGAGGCAAAGCGCGCUGCUGCCGGCGACAAGCCCAAGAAGUCGGCCACCUCCAAGCUGUCGUCCAAGGCCAACUCGAAGAAUGCCUCCAAGGCCAACUCGGUCGACGGCGAUGACGAGGACCUCGAGCUCAACGAAGAGGUCAAGAAGCUCACCAUGCAGGAAGACAAGCACGGCCUUUCUGACCGUGUGACGACGGGAGUGCUCGCCUCGCUGCCCGCCUCGCGCGACGUCAAGAUCACAUCGGCGUCGCUGGUGUUCCACGGCCGCGUCCUCUUCAACGACACGACGCUCGAGGUCACCUACGGCCGCCGCUACGGCCUGCUGGGUGAGAACGGCUGCGGAAAGACGACGCUGCUCAAGGCCAUCGACAAGCGCGAGUUCCCUUUCCCCGAGCACAUCGACAUCUACCUGCUGAACCAGGGCGCCCCCAAGACGGAGCUGGGUGCCUUGGAAUGGGUCGUCCGCGAGGCCGAGAACGAGCUGGCCCGUCUGGAGAAGCUCGCUGAGACCAUCCUUGAGAACGACGGCCCAGAGAGCCCCCGCCUCGAGGAGAUCUACGAGCGUCAAGAAGAGAUGGACCCGUCCACCUUCCACACCCGCGCCUCGCUCAUUCUGACUGGUCUCGGCUUCAACAAGGUCACCAUCAACAAGAAGACCAAGGACAUGUCCGGUGGUUGGCGUAUGCGUGUCGCCCUCGGCAAGGCUCUCUUCGUCAAGCCCGCGCUUCUGCUGCUCGACGACCCGACUGCCCAUUUGGACCUCGAGGCCUGUGUGUGGCUCGAGGAGUACAUGAAGAAGUGGGACCGCACCCUGAUUCUCGUCUCGCACUCCAUGGAUUUCCUCAACGGUGUGUGCACAAACAUGAUCGACAUGCGCAUGAAGCAGCUCCUCUACUACGGAGGUAACUACGACACGUACAUGAAGACCAGGACCGAACAGGAAGUCAACCAGACCAAGGCCUACGAGAAGCAGCAGGACGAGAUCAAGCACAUCAAGAAGUUCAUUGCCUCGGCCGGUACCUACGCCAACUUGGUCAGGCAGGCCAAGUCUCGCCAGAAGAUUCUCGACAAGAUGGAAGCCGAUGGUCUGAUCGAGCCCGUUGUUCCCGACCGCGUCUUCACAUUCCGCUUCGCUGAUGUCGAGAAGCUGCCUCCGCCUGUGCUGUCGCUCGACGACGUUACCUUCUCCUACUCGGGCGACCCCAAGGACAACUUGUACGAGAACCUCGACUUUGGUGUCGACAUGGACUCGCGAACAGCCCUUGUCGGACCCAACGGUGUCGGAAAGUCGACUCUGCUCAACAUCUUCACUGGCAAGCUCAGCCCCACCAGUGGUGUUGUGUCCCGCCACACUCACUUGAAGCUCGGUGUAUACAGCCAACAUUCUGCUGAACAGCUGGACCUCACAAAGUCGUCUCUCGACUUUGUCCGCGACAAGUUCUCUCACAUCAGUCAAGACUACCAGUACUGGCGUCAACAGCUCGGUCGUUAUGGUCUGACUGGUGAGGGCCAAACCGCCAAGAUGGCUACCCUUUCCGAUGGCCAGAAGUCACGUAUCGUCUUCGCUUUGUUGGCCAUUGAGGGCCCCAACAUGUUGCUCCUCGACGAGCCCACCAACGGUCUGGACAUCCCAACGAUCGACAGUUUGGCUGACGCCAUCAACGCGUUCAGCGGAGGUGUCGUCGUCGUUUCUCACGACUUCCGAUUGCUCGACAAGAUCGCAAAGGACAUCAUGGUGUGUGAGCACAAGACUGUGCGCCGAUGGGACGGAAGCAUCGGCGAGUACAAGGGCCAUCUCCGCAAGAAGAUGACAUCGACUGGUGCGCUCUAAGUGGCCCUCGGUAGGGUUUCUGCGACUUAGAUGCGUCUCCUGAACUGCGGGACGCGUGUGCAACAAAAGUAAAAGCCUUAGAGCAGGGUUCAGGAUACCUCUGCAGUAGGCUGGCAGCUCGGCGCGACCUGCUUCAGUGUCUUGCUGCAUGAUUAGAGACAUCUGGAUUCUACGUUCCAAUGCAUUGGGCUU